CUUCCUUCCGUCACCAUCGCCGGGAGUCUCGGCUUCACGGCGCAGGGCGCAGGCCCUUGGUUUGCCUUGGGAUGCCAAAGUGAUUGAAAUCUAUAGGAACAGGAGACCCUCACCCCCAGCUCCUCAAAUUGAUUAAAUCUGCCACAUUGCUGACAAAUAGGCGCAGAAGCUUUUGUGGGAGAAAGUAAAAGGGACUCACUUUCCUCCAUAAACACGGGAGAGAAGGUGUUUUAAAGGUGGCCAAAUGCUGGUGCAUUUUUUUUUUAAAGUUGUUGCUUCCAGGUGACUUUCCCAGUUCCUUUUUGUGUCCACAGAGUUAUUUUAGUGCUCUGAGUUUGUGGGUGCCACACCCUUAUAAUCCUAGCAAGUGUUAUAAGCUUAUCAAGACAGACUAGCUUCCUGACGCUGGGCCGUUAAGAGAGCAAAGGAAGGGGGCUCUGUGCCAGAUACCAAUGGAGAGAGGCUCCUCUAGUUCUUAGACAGGAGGACAAAGCCUGAGUUGGAGAGCAGUGUGUGCUAGAGGAAAAAGCUGCAGGCUGGAAAGGCAGAGCUCUCUCAACCAUCACCCAUGGUAGAUUUAUGCUUGAAACCAAGGCUGUGUCUUUGGGAUAAACAAAAAUACACCUUUGGGGUGUUAAUACUGUGAACCCCUCCAGCCUAGACUCAGGUUAUAUAUAUGUAUAAGGAAACCAUAUAUCCUAAAGAAACCAUAGUUUCCGCUGUGUAUCAUUUCCAAAAGUUAACAUGAACCCUGGGUAAGCACCUGGAAUCUCACCCCCCUCAGAGAUUGGAGAGGUAUGCAACAAUAGGCUUUGCAACAUGAGACUAUUGAGGGUGCUGCCCAUGGAGUUAUGGGGUGCGCUAAGGUUAUUUGUUAAAGUACAGCAAUGCAGUUAAAAAAAAGCAAAAAACUUAAAUGAAGCUUUUAACUUAAAAACAAACAAAAACGUUAAAACAAAGUGGAUUUUAAAGCUGUGCUUUAAAACAAAAAAACACCAAAUAAUCCCAAACUCUUCAAUGCUCUGCAAGCAGCAUUUUAGACAGUCCCACUUCUUGCAAAGCCCACUGGACCUAUUGAAACAGAUUUGUGUGUAUGUGAAUGUCGGAGAAAGGAGACAUGGAUCACUCCAAUUUGUCUUGGUGCACACCCUUAUUAGAUGGCAAUGUGCUUCCUUCAAAAUGUGGCAAGUCAGCCCUGGGCCCUCUUACACUUUUUGCAGAAUGGGGUUCUCUGCCCCCCUUUUCUAAAUGGACCCAAGCUCUUUGUGGAUCUGUUGAGAAACACCAAUUAGUACAGAAUAACCCCGCAAUGUUGCCUUAUUUCCAUUUGCAGUAGUUUUUGCAGGGUGCAGAGAAAGAGAGAGAGAGAGAGAGAGAGAGAGAGAGAGAGACUCUUCUGCUUCAAGGAUCAAGCACAAGAAAUGUGUAAAUGUAUCUAUGGAUCUAGCUAUCCAUGCCACAGUGAUGACUCCCAAAUAUUAUCAUGGUUUGGUGUUAUCAAGAAUAGGGAAACCCCACUACUAGGCCAUGAGUAUUGAUGGUUUCUUAAAACUGGGCAGAUCCCACACUAUCUGAGCCUAGUUUUGCCCCAUCUCAGUUAUGGGGCAUCAUGUGCCCACCUGCAAGCAAAAGACAUAAUGGGCAAGAGGCACCAGGAGACCACUUCUUGUGAUCAGCCAACCUGGUGUCUCCAGACGCUGAUGGACUCCUAUUAACACCAGUCAGGAUGGCCUGAGGUCUGAUGGCAAAAGGCCUUGGACUUUCCCUGGAGAAGCUCUAUUGGACACCAACUGCCUCCACUUAGUGGUUAAGAGCUUAAGCUGCAGAGGUCCAAUCAGGUUUAGCUUGUGAGAGUGUUGCAUUGGUGGGUGGCUAUAUUUGAGCUGUUUUCUUUUUAGCAUAAUUUACAAUCCCCCAAAAGGGGUACUUGUCAAUUGCCAAGGAAUAAUAAAUGAUACGGGACGCAGGUGGCGCUGUGGGUAAAACCUCAGCGCCUAGGACUUGCCGAUCGUCAGGUCGGCGGUUCGAAUCCCCGUGGCGGGGUGCGCUCCUGCUGCUCGGUCCCAGCGCCUGCCAACCUAGCAGUUCGAAAGCACCCCCGGGUGCAAGUAGAUAAAUAGGGACUGCUUACUAGUGGGAAGGUAAACGGUGUUUCCGUGUGCUGUGCUGGCUCGCCAGAUGCAGCUUGUCACGCUGGCCACGUGACACGGAAAUGUCUGCGGACAGCGCUGGCCCCCGGCCUCUUAAGUGAGAUGGGCGCACAACCCUAGAGUCGGACACGACUGGCCUGUACGGGCAGGGGUACCUUUACCUUUACCUUUAAUAAAUGAUAUGGGUUGGGAUCCCCCUGGGAGCCCCAACUUUAUGGGGCGGAGAACAGAUCACCCCCCCCAAAAGUAUGCAGGAAUGGGGCUGAGGCCUCCCAAUCUUGAUUGGCUGGGCCCUGCUGGGCCUCCCAUCAGCAGUGGUGUGCCCUGGUGGGCUAUCUCUGGUGGCAUAGGGCCCUGCCGGGCCUACCUGUAGUGGGCAGGCCUCACAACCUCCUCCCAACUUAUGAGACAUUGCAAGUGUGUGUUGCACAUGUGAUGUUACACACACAUGUCGAACCCCCCAGUGUCAUGCGGAACUCGGUGCCUCUGCUCUCCUGUAAAGAAAGACUGCUGUGUUUGCAACGUUUUAGUUCAGAGAAAGGGUGAGAAAGAUACGGCAUGAAAUAUACUUUUAAAAUUAUGCCUGGCAUGGAGGACACAAAUAGAAAAAAACUUUUUUUCUUCUCUCUGUGUGUCUCCUGUCAACCAGAACUCAUAGACAUCGGAUGAAGCUGAAUGUUUGAAGAUGCAGGACAGAUAAAAGAAAUGACUUCUUCACACAGUGCAUAAACUAUGGAACUCCCUCCCUCAGGAGGCAGGGAUGGCUACUAACUUGGAUGGCUUUAACGGAGGAUUGGAGAAAAUCAUGGUGGAGGAGAGGGCUCCCAGUGGCUCCUGGCCACAAUGACUCUGCUCUGCCCAGGAGGGGAGAGUGUUGCUCUUCUGCUUGCAUAUUGUUUGCCCCUUUCCCUUUGGAGCCUUUGGGCAGCCAGUUGCUUCAGUAGAUGGGUCUCCCUGUGGUUGCUUCUUGCCAAACCAGCAGGGACUGUGGUCUGAGCAGCGGGCAGAAUGUGUGCACAGCUGGAAAAACCCAUCUUCCCUUAAAAAAUAAACAAACAAAACUCCAACUUUGCAACUGCUGACCUUGGCAUUUUUAUUUCUAUUAUUUUGCCUCCUAAAUGAGCUAUAUGGGUGUGUUGGGUUUAUCAAAGAGGGACAGUCUCUCGUCCUCAAAAUCCCCAGGCUGGACUGAGCUGGGAGCAACAUUGUUCCAAAGGGAUGCCGGGGGGGGGGGCUUGGCAAAGAUCCUGCUGAGGUUGACAGAAACUCCCUUUUCUUGCCAACAGGCCUGACAAAGAGAGUGGCUCCAAAAUGAAAAGCUCAUGAAAUAAUUCUGCCUCUUGGUCUUUAGCAGGACAAAGGGUCGUGACGAGUCAGCUGAUCUGGGUUUUCAUUGCCCUUUAAUCCAACAUUCUCGAUUUUGAUCACACAUUCGUGAACUCGAUAAAUACUUCUGGUGCAUUAAUGUGCCGGCUGCCUAUAAAUUCUGGUGCUUGGCUGCACUUCCAGUGGCAUAAGCAAACUCUGGUGCAACUGGUAAGCAUCUUAUUCUUUUUUUAAACCCCCCCCCCCGCAAAGUUUUAAAGCUGGGGGGUUUGGGGGGUUUUUUUGUUAUAUUUUUUGGGGGGGUCUUCUUUCCAUUCCAGGUGUGAAUAUCCUGUAAAGGAAAUCCCAGAAGGAGAAAUUAGAAAGCAGCUCUCUAGUUCUCAGCCGGUCUCAGCUUCCACUGAGGCACCUCAAGUUAGGCAUCCAAUAUCUUUGUUCCAACCUGUCCUUACCUAUGCUUUGAAAAUCCAAACAGGAGAGCUGCCUCCAUUGCCUAGAGAAUGGUACAGUGGUACCUCGGGUUAAGAACUUAAUGCGUUCUGGAGGUCCAUUCUUAACAUGAAACUGUUCUUAACCUGAAGCACCACUUUAGCUAAUGGGGCCACCGGAGCAUGAUUUCUGUUCUCAUCCUGAAGCAAAGUUCUUAACCUGAGGUACUAUUUCUGGGUUAGCGGAGUCUGUAACCUGAAGCGUCUGUAACCUGAAGCGUAUUUAGAGAGGCGGAAGAGGGACAGCAGCAAUUGGGAGGGGAAUGCCCUUUGGACAAGAGGGAAUUGAGACAGGCAAGAGUGGUUCACAGCCUGCAUUAAGCCGUGCUAAGUGCUUAAAAAGGUAAAGUAAAGGACAGUUAAGUCCAGUCGCAGACGACUCUGGGGUUGCGGCACUCAUCUCGCUUUACAGGCCGAAGGAGCUGACGUUUGUCCGCAGACAGUUUUCCUGGGUCAUGUGGCCAACAUGACUAAGCCGCUGGGACCGAGCAACGGGAGCUCACCCCGUCGCGGGGAUUCGAACCACUGACUGGCAAGCCCAAGAGGCUCAGUGGUUUAGACCACAGCGCCACCCGCAUCCCUAUGCUAAGUGCUUAGUUGUGAGUAAUUCCUCCUGGCUAGAUGUGUCUGUGUCUGGACUGUUUGGGUAUUUCCCAGCACCUUGGCAGCAAUCAGGUCCCCACCCCCUAUAGACUCCCCUUUUUUCUUUUGCAAACUGGCUGAUUCCCUCUCCCUUUCAAAUGUAUAUAUUUUCUAGCUUCCUUUUACACAGCAGUCUCUUUAACCCUGGCAAGUGUUUGUGUGGCCACCUGCAAAUGGGGACCUUUCUGUUAGGUUUCCUAUCUAGAAAUGUAUAUGAUGGGAAAGGGAGCUGGUUGCAGUGGCGCUUUAUGGCUGCAUUGCAAAUGAAGAGAGCCAAGUAGGGACAGGAGAGCAAGUCAGUUUCUGCCUAAACUGCACUUCCCCAAGUGAUUUCUGGACCAAAAUGCAACUAUCUUUCAAAAUUGGCACUUCUCUGAGUUUUGCGGUGCAAUUCUCCAAUCCUUGAAAAUGUUACAAAAAUGCAUCUAUCUAUCGGGGCGGGGGAGAGGAGAGAAUAUCAGGGGGCAUAGCUUGCAAAAAACAUACAUGUUAGGCACAGCUGCAUACGUGACAAUUAGGGAAAUGGCACACUAAAAGGAUGACUAAUUUUCAUGAGGACUCUUUAAAAUAAAAAGUGCAGAUUGGUGUGGAGAACAGAUUGGGGCAAAAGAAAAAUUGAGAGAAACUGAAACUGACAGAUCAAUCCUCUGUCCCUGCUGUGUCAGGAGAUUGUCUCUUGCCAGCUCUGCCGCUCCAGCUACCUACCUCCGAGGACUAGUAAACCCAGCAUUGGAGACAGCAAUGCUUCUGAAUACCAGUUGCUGGAAAUUGCAGGAGGGGAGAGAACUCUAGUGCUCAUGUUCUCCUUGCAGGAUUCCCAUCUGUUUGGCCACUGUGAGGAUAGGAUGCUGCACUAGAUGGAUCCAGCCAAUGGCAUUGCCGGGUUUCUGGUGCUCAUGGAGCAGAGUGACCUGAACUUCCUCUGGGAUGGUCCCUACCUAGCAUUGUGUUUGUGCAAUUUCUCCAAUGUGGUGACUUUGCCCUCAUCCUUCUAAUCUGAUGUGAGGUUCUCUCCCCAGGGAGCAGCUCAACCACUUUUCAUGAUGGCUUCAGACCACCAAGCAUCAAAACAGCAGCAAGCCAGUUCCAAGGUCAGUAAGGGGCAGGCCAGGAAGCCCAGAGGGCUUGCAGCCCUGCAGAGGCUCUCCCUGGAAAGAACUCAACUGGGUGGAAAAUUCCACUGCAGAUCCAGAAUCUUGCGGGGCAGCAGGAAGCAGUGACAAGAAAAGAUUUUGGUCCAAUCUUACAUUUUAUCAAUAAAAUGAGAACCUUUAUAACAGGGGAGAUCUUUCCUGUAAACAAAGGAGGUGUAAGAUCAACAAAGAGUAUUAUAGCUCCUCAAAGACUAAUGAAUGCAUCAUGGCACAAGCUUUUGUGGACUUUUGUGCAUAAAAGUGUUAAGUUGCUCAGAAGGCAAGCAGAAUGCAAAAUCAUUAGCCCACCAUUUCUACCCUGACUAGGAGAAAGGUAAUCUCCAUCUUGCUGGCUUCUGUGCAGAAAGAGAAAAGCAAGCCUGGCCGCCUUCCCCAUCAGCACCACACAGAAAAAGGCAGGAAGCACAGCAGCUCCAGCAGGGGGCUUGGGCAUCCUUGACAUAGGUGGGCCUCUUAACUGUAUGUGUGGGUUGGUAGGGAGGACUCUCCAGAGUUUCAGGCAGAAGGACAUUCCCAGCCCUACCUGGAAAUGCCAAGGAUUGAACUUGGGGACCUUCUGCAUUCAAAGCAGAUGCUCUGCCUCUGAGCAGAGUAGCACUGAGAAACCACGGAAGGAUUUUCUGGGAGAUUGAGUGUGGUCUGGACUAGCUCAUGAGGUCUUUGACUUGGCUGGACCCUGCCCCAAGCAGAGCCACAGUGGGUGGUGUUGGUUCCUCCUGCCCCCCCCAUCAAUUCUCAUUUAUUGCUCCUAUGUGUAACCUGUGGGGCAGGGGGUUGGUCUGUAAAAGGCAGCAAGUUGGUUAUAAGCAAGGACCAGGGCAGGAUUCAUGAAUACAUCUCAAACUUCUACUCUGUGCAGCUUUUGCAUCACUGAGGUUCCUCUUUAGCCCUACAGGAAGCAGGAUCGCAUGUGCCUGUUCAAGCUUCAAAGAUGCUUCAAAGCAUCCUGCCAACUAUUUACACACAGAAAAUGAACCAGAAAGUGGACAGAGUAGGGCAAUGGAAAGGUGGUGGAACAGGGAUCCAUCCUUGCCCCCCUCCCCAUAUUGGGCCAUAAUACAACAGAAGUUGCCAGGGACCCAAGCUUUGCAAAGUUCCCGAAUGCCUCUCCUACCUCCCAGCCCUCCUGCCAGGGUCACAGGAAGUGUCCACACAAAGACAAACCCUGAAAUGAGCUUGUUAAUGCUGGAACUGGUUUCAGUAACAAAGCCAUGUUACUCGGUCUUUUGCAGCAAAAAAGUCCAAGAGAUCUGAGGCAUCUAAGGGCCAAUUUUUGGAAACCUGUUUGUGUUUCAGUUCUCACUGAUCAUCUUUUUUUACUCUAUGCUGUUGUGGUGGGCAGAGAGUAUAGCCUUGGGUCUAUUAUUUAUUGCAUUUAUAUCCCACCUUUUUCUCUAAGGAGCUCAAGGUGACUUACCGUAUUUUUUGCACCAUAACACUCACUUUUUUCCUCCUAUAAAGUAAGGGGAAAUGUCUGUGCGUGUUAUGGAGGGAAUGCCUACGGGUGGCAUGCCUACGGAUUUUCCUCCUCUAAAAACUACGUGCGUGUUAUGGUCGGGUGCGUGUUAUAGAGCGAAAAAUACGGUACAUGGUUCUUUCUCUCCUCACUUAAUCCUCACAACAGCCCUGUGAGACAAUGGCUGCCCCAUGAGCUUUAUGGCUGAGCUUUAUGGAUUUGAACCCUGGUCUCCCAGGCCCAGGCCCAACUGACCACUAGGCCACCCUUGCUUUCUCCCAGUGAGCCUGGUAGAUGUUAUGUAUCUACCCUUGCUUUCCCUUUGGCCUGCUCCUCUUCCAGGCACUACCAUUCCCAUCUUUUAGCUGGAACCUCAGUGGAUGGUACAAUCCAUGGAGGUCUUGGGCCAAAACUGGAUAACUAGGUAGGCUAGGGAGGAAAUUGGUGCAGGAUGAAGUCACUCACAGUUAGGCCUGUCAAAAGAAUGUUACAGCAUUGCUUGUAAAGUCCUGUUGCAAAGUCCCAUUGCAAAGUCCUGUUUCCGCCUGUGAACAGCCCAGGGAGGUCCAUGGAGGAGGUACCCACCACCUCCUGCUGCCAUCCCAGUAUCUGCUUCUCAGCAGGAGGCUGUUUCUGAAGGUGCCACUGGAAAUCAUGUCCUCGGUACAUAUUUCCACCUCCUUUGAAGUGUAAGUAUUCUAACCCCUUCACUUGACCUGCUCCACUUGCUCCCUGCUCCAGGACUGAAAGGGAAAUCUGAAAGAGGGAAGUUUAUAGGAAGGUUCACUGACUUGAUGAAACCUGAAUGCAGCCAAAAUUCCUGGUGGAUCCACUGGCAGAGGAAGAGGAGUGCGGAGGGAGCGCACCGCCGGCGGCAGCACAAUCCUGGUGGGGUGCCAUCGCAGCUGCCCCCCCGCCUGUGCUGGGCGCCACAGCCCCUGCAGGUGGUGCACCACACCCCCAGGACGCGCGCCAGCCCCGCACCCGCCUGCUUUCUGCCACUGGGUGGAUCAUGACAUUUGUAGCUCAGAGGUAGAGUAUCUGCUUUGCAUGCAGAACAUUCCAGCUUCAGUCUUCAGGUAGAGCUUGAAGAGACCCUGGAGGGCCACUGGCAGUCAGUGAAGAAGUGAAGACAGUACAGUACUGAGCAGUGGCCUAGCCGGGGGGGGGGGGGCUGGGGGGUUCUGGGUGCCCCCAUGGCAGGUUGAGGCAGGAGCACAGGGAAGGUGCCCCCAUGGCAGGUGAGGCAGGAGCACAGGGAAGAUGCGCCCAGUCAGGGGUGGCACCCCCUUCCCCUUGUGGCCAGCGAAGGGGCGCUCCUUGGCAGAGGCGGGGAGGCACAGCCGCUGCAACUACCUCCCCUCAGGGCGUGACCCGGGACAGAAACAGUGGACAGCAGGAGAGGUGAUGGAGGCCUCUCCGCUCCUCUCCUCCGCUGGCCUCAGCAUGUGAUUGCACCCUCCAUGCUGCAUUGUGAGGCUGCAAUCAGACAGUCACAAAGGCGCACAGGGCUGCCAGGCACGUGCCCUUCAAAUCAGUCCAGUCAGACUAAUUGCAAGCAGCUGCUCCCUCUGUGCCCCACCCCCUGCCACUUUGUGCGCCUGCCCCGGGCGGCAGUAGCAUACGCUCUGCCAUUGGUCCUGAGCUAGCUGGACCAGCGGCCCAAUGCCAUAUAAGGGAGCUUCCAAUGUUCAUACCCAGACACAGCUGUUCUCUCCAUCUGUACGUCCGGCUAGCCACACCAUAAUGACUGCACCAACCUGUCCUCCUCUGUUCCUGCCUUCUCUGCCUAUUUGAAGGCAGCUUCCCCUCCAGAUGUUUGGAUUGCAGCUUUCACCAGCCACCCAGCAUCAAAAGGCUCUGGGUAGGCACCCUGAGUAGGGUACCAGGUGUCUGUCUGUCUCUCUUUCUCGGGUUCCAGAUUGUCGUCUUCGAGCAGGAGAAUUUCCAGGGUCGCUGCCAUGAGCUGAAUGCGGCUUGUCCCAAUUUGAAGGAGGUUGGGCUAGAGAAAGUGGGCUCCAUCCUGGUGCAUUCAGGCCCGUAAGUCUCCCCCUGUGCGAACAGGGGUUGGGAAAGAUGCAAGGGCAAGCUUCUGUGCCACGGUGGGGUUGGGUCACACAGCUAGAAGGAGCUUCGUUUUUGACACUGCACAAUUUCAUGCAAGUGUCUUGUUUGUCCUUCAAAGGGCAAAAUGAGGAGAACCUCCUGCCUCUUCGGAUAAUUAUCUCAGAUAGCCUCUGAGGUGAAUCAUGCUCCAACAUGACUGUCAUUUCAAUGAUGAGCAAAUAUGACACUCUUAGCCCUUUGUGGGAGAAGGAAUGAUGUAUUUGGAGGAAUGAGAUUCCUUCAGCUCCAACUUUCAUUUUAAUUUUAUUUCAGCAAUUUUUGUUAGGGUGAGGUUUUGGGUUUGAGUUUAUGAAUGUAUGGAUCAUUUGAGCAAGUUUGGGGUUAUUCUGGGUUUAAGGCUGUUUAUUUCCUGUUAGGUGAAGAAUAGGUUGCAAAUAGCAGAAGUAAAUAAAUAAUUGAAUUAAAAUGUUGGAGUAGUUCCCCUCCUCUACACCAGAGGCAUACACCAGAGAUUUUCUUCUAAAUCUGAAGUCAGGACAGAUAAUUUAUCUGUACAGUGGUACCUCGGGUUAAGAAUUUAAUUCGUUCUGGAGGUCCAUUCUUAACCUGAAACUGUUCUUAACCUGAGAUACCAUUUUAGCUAAUGGGGCCUCCCACUGCCACUGUGCUGCCACUGCACAAUUUCUGUUCUCAUCCUGAAGCAAAGUUCUUAACCCGAGGUACUAUUUCUGGGUUAGCGGAGUCUGUAACCUGAAGCAUCUGUAACCCCAGAUACCACUGUACUGCCAGGAAAAAGUUAGUUCUGCUCCAGCUGAUGGAGAUUUUUGUGGGGGGUAUCUCUGUGCUUUUCCAGAUGGGUUGGUUAUGAGCAGGUGAACUGCAAAGGGGAGCAAUUUGUCUUUGAGAAAGGAGAAUAUCCCCGCUGGGACUCGUGGACCAACAGCCGGAGGAGCGACAGCAUCUCUGCCUUGAGGCCCAUCAAAGUGGUGAGGAGGUGGGGAGGGAGGGAGACAUUCUGGCUGGUGGCAGGCAGCACUCAUGUAGCGAAUGUUCUGGGCUGGAUACAAGAAUGGGCAGGUUUGGCUUCAUGCCUGGUGGAGUCACAAGGGUCUGCAGCUGAUCUUAGAAGAUUUUGGAGUGGGCAGAUGGAAUCACUGAGCUGGGAUCCCAAGAGUCACUCAGUCCACCCCCUUGUAAUGCUCUCCUAGGGAUGUGUGCCCAGCAACAUCAAAUUCCCCAUCCCUGCUCGAAAUAUGAUGGGGCUGGACAGACAUAGAACAGAUGGCAGCUUCAGCAGCAAAAACAAAAGAGAGGAAGGAAAGAAGGGUGCAAAUGAUGACCUUCAUGUGCCCUUUGUGGUUUGUUAUUCCAGUUGGAAGGUGGGUCAUGGCUUUAUCUGCAAAGCAAAACUCUGAAUCAGUGACACAAGUCAUGCUUUCACAGGAACCACUUGGAGGAAAGAGGGGUUUUGUGGGCAGGGGGAGAUGUAAUAUUCUGGAACACACAAUAGCCUAGUUUUAUGAGAGAGAUUUCUCCCUACCACCACCAACCAUAUACUUGUGAGGAGGGCCCACCCAUGGUGUGUUACUGUUUGGGUGGCUUUCAAUGAUUAAAAAUGCAAUGCAUUAAAAUUCAUGCAUGGUAUUUUCAGUGCUAUUUUUCUAGAAAAAGAGCCAGAACUCACCACGGACACCUCCCUUGUUCUCUUAUAAUGGCAAUGGUGCCUACCUGAGAGGGACUGAGUUCCGGUUGAAAAAAAGCUGUGGGUAUUUUAAUAUAUUUUUAUUAACAAUAAAAUUGCAUGAAGUACAUGGCAUUGAAGUCCCUUCAAAAACCAAGAGCUGAAGUGACUGCAGCAGAGAAGUCCCUGCUGCCGCAGAAAUGUGAUCAGCAAGGAGUGGGCAGCCCUUGCCGGAAGCCUCCAAGGAGAGCUUUUCCCCCACCCCCCUCCGGAUCUCUCUGUUCAUUCCUGCCUCCAAGGACCCCUUUUAAUUACGGGAUGUAUUUCUUGGAGAAAGAGGUUUAGAAGAGAGAUUCCUACUCUCUGGUAGGCACAAUGGCGAUAGCUACCAAGUACAUUACAACUUGGUUAGAUAUUACAUCUACCCUUAUCCACUUUUAAACAAAUGUUCUGUACAAAAAUACAGAAUAAAAUCACAGAUGCUUGGCUUUGCAAAUAAAUGAAUGUUUUACUCACAGAGUUUCCAAAAGUUGCAGCAAGAAAGUCUCCAUCUGCUGGCAGUCAUACAAAGAAGAGGCUCUAAAAGACUUUAAAAUAAAAUAAUUUUUUUUUAAAGGAUCAUUGCAGGCUAUAAAAUCUCCCUUUUGGAGAGGUUCAGCUCAAUGGCAGCAUUUGCAGAGCCCGGAGUCAAAGCUAUAUAGAAGGAAGAGAAAGACACUGAGGGGGGAAGGGGAGCCUGCUAAGCAACACCCACUCUGAUAACUUGGGCUCAGGGUUAACCCUUUUAUGCACACAGGUGUGUGUCAAUAACUGCAUAUUACAGCAUUUAUACCCUGCCUUUUCCCCAAGCUGGGAUUCAAGGAGGCGUCCAACAUUUAAAAACACCAUUAUGGAAUACAAAGUAGUCCCAACAAGCUAGUUAAAAACCAAUAGUUAAAAUACAUUAGAACACCAGCAAUGAAAAUGCAGUUUGCCCCGACAGCAGCACUGUCUGCACGUUAGUUUCCAAAGACCUGUCCAAACAGGAAGGUCUCAACCUGCCAGCAGAAGGAUGACAAAGAGGGAGCCAGUCUAGCCUCUCUUGGGAGGGAAUCUCAUAUUGGCGGUUGGAGGAUGGAUGGCGGCUAAUGGAUUGAAGUUGAAUCCUGACAAGACAGAAGUAUUGUUUUUGGGGGACAGGGGGCGGGCAGGUGUGGAGGACUCCCUGGUCCUGAAUAGGGUAACUGUGCCCCUGAAGGACCAGGUGCGCAGCCUGGGAGUCAUUUUGGACUCACAGCUGUCCAUGGAGGCGCAGGUCAAUUCUGUAUCCAGGGCAGCUGUCUACCAACUCCACCUGGUACGCAGGCUGAGACCCUACCUGCCCGCGGACUGUCUCGCCAGAGUGGUGCAUGCUCUAGUUAUCUCCCGCUUGGACUACUGCAAUGCGCUCUACGUGGGGCUACCUUUGAAGGUGACCCGGAAACUACAAUUAAUCCAGAAUGCGGCAGCUAGACUGGUGACUGGGGGCGGCCGCCGAGACCACAUAACACCGAUCUUGAAAGACCUACAUUGGCUCCCAGUACGUUUCUGAGCACAAUUCAAAGUGUUGGUGUUGACCUUUAAAGCCCUAAACGGCCUCGGCCCAGUAUACCUGAAGGAGCGUCUCCACCCCCAUCGUUCUGCCCGGACGCUGAGGUCCAGCGCCGAGGGCCUUCUGGUGGUUCCCUCAUUGCGAGAAGCAAAGCUACAGGGAACCAGGCAGAGGGCCUUCUCGGUAGUGGCGCCCGCCCUGUGGAACGCCCUCCCAUCAGAUGUCAAAGCGAUAAAUAACUACCUGACAUUUAGAAGGCAUCUUAAGGCAGCCCUGUUCAGGGAAGCUUUUAAUCUGUGAUAUUUUACUGUAUUUUUUGCUUCUAUGGAAGCCGCCCAGAGUGGCUGGGGGGGCCCAGCCAGAUGGGCGGGGUACAAAUAAUAAAUUAUUAUUAUUAUUAUUAUUAUUAUUAUUAUUAUUCUGGGAGCAGCUGUAGAAAAGACACAUUCUUGGGUCACCACCAGCUGUGUUUCUGAUGCUGUUGGGACCAAGAUCUCACUCAAAGAUCUCACCCAAAGAUCUUAACACCUGGGCAGGUUUGCGUGGGGAGAUGUGAUCUUUCAGGUAGCCUGGGCCCAAUCAUAUAGGACUUUGUAAGUUACAAGCAGCACUUUGAAGUGUGCUUGGAAUCAGAUUGGUAGCCUGUGAAAAUGUUUUAACUGGGCUGUAGCAUGCUGAGUUGGUCUGCAUAAUUCUCCCAGCCACCCCUUAAUCCUUACAAGGAUCCUACGAUGUAAAGCUAAUCCAAGGGUUUGAGCCCAGCGGAGUGGAGCUGGCAUGCUUCUGCUCCUGCCCAGUGAGCCAGGGUUUGCACGUGGCUUUUCCCCCAUGGCCUCCUUCUUCCUUUGCUCUGUCACCCUUCCCCCUGCCCUUGUGUGGCUGCCUCUAACCUUGGCCUGGUGCGGCUUCCUCCUAGGACAGCCAGGAGCACAAGAUCGUCCUCUAUGAGAACCCCAGCUUCACUGGAAAGAAGAUAGAGAUCAUCGAUGAUGACGUGCCCAGUUUCCAUGCCCAUGGCUACCAGGAGAAGGUGUCCUCUGUGCGCGUCCAGAGUGGCACGUAAGUCCUCUGCCAGGCAGCUUGGUCAAGCUUGGUUGGCUGAGAGAGCUCAUUUCCUAAAGAUUCCUGGGUGGAGUGGCACAAAAGCCUCUGAGGUGUUCCUGGACUCAACUGAAGGCCACUGGGGUUUUUGCAGGACACCACUGGCAUGCACCUAGAAACAUAGGUAUCAGACCAUUGGUCUAUCUAGCUCAGUAUUGCCUCUACUGACUGGCAGCGGCUCUCUUGCCCAGUCCUCCCUGGAGAUGCCAGCGGAGAUUGAACCUGGGACCUUCUGCUUGCAAGACAGAUGCUCUUCUGUGACCCUCCAUAAGGACAGUGCAAAAAAGGUGCUAGAGAUGGAGGCGCAGGUGUGGGGUAGAUGAAGAGGCUGGGCUUCGUUAGGGUCCAGUCUAUGUCUUAUAGGAAGUGCCCAGAGUCUGAGCCAGAGUGCUGCUUAGGACUGUCUACAAUAAUAUUCCCCAACCUGGUGCCCUUCAGGUCUUUUGAAUGACAACUCUCAUUAGCUCUGACCAUUGGCCAGGGUGGGAGUUGUUGUUCAAAACACCUGGAAGGCACCAGGUUGGGGGUUCAGGUGGGGUCUUUCCCAGCCCUGCCUGGGGUGGGUUGAAUCUAGGGCCAUUUGCAUGGGGGUCAGGGGCCCUAUUUCUCCUUGAUAGGAUUGUGCAAAUUCAUUUCUUCCUUGAGUUCCUUGGGUUCACGUGUUACACUCAGGCCACAUUCACACCAAACAUUUGAAGCACUAUAAUACUGCUUUAAAAAGUUGAGGCUUCCCGCAAAGAAUUCUGGGCGCUGAAGUCUAUUAAGGGCACCCUGUUCUCUGAAUGGUUUGACAAUCAGUCCCUCUUCCCAGGGAAUUAUGGGAAUUGUGGCUCUGUGAGAAGCACAGGGGUAUUCUAGCAAUGCUCAGCACCCUUAACAGACUACAGCUCCCAGAAUUCUUUGCAGGAAGUCAUUGCUUCCUGCAGGAAGUGGCACCAUAGCUCUUUAAAUGCAUGGUGUAGAUGUGGCUCAGUCAAAGUGGCAGGCAGUGUCAGAUCCAUGAUCAUCCCCCCUGGAUGGUGAAAGCAUAUAGAAAGGCCUUUUUUGCUUUUGGAAAUAAAUGAGAUGCUGUAAAUCUGCUUCCAAACUUUUCUUAAUGUUCAGUUCUAAAUAUAACAAAUAUGUUACAGACUGCAAGCAAAACAGAGCAGAAAGCCCUGUCCACUAGUCAGAUCCCAUCACCUGGGAUGAAUAGCUGGGAGGGGACUCCCACUGUGUGCUGCGCUGACUCCACUUCCCUUUUGCAGAUGGGUGGGAUACCAGUAUCCUGGCUACCGAGGCUACCAAUACCUCUUUGAGAAGGGGGACUAUAAGGACAGCACUGAGUUUGGUGCUCAGCAGCCCCAGAUCCAGUCGGUGCGGCGAAUCCGGGACAUGCAGUGGCAUCAGAGGGGGGCCUUCCAUCCUGCCAGCUAAGCCUCCCACUCCCCUUCGCUGCGGCCUCCAGACUGGGGGGGGGGGGUGAGAGAGUGCUCUGAGAGAGCCAGCAAGGGCCCUGACCUGGUCAUCUACCCCCCCACCAGCUGGGGCCGCCUCUUCUGCACGCUCAUGUGUGUGAGUAACUGUUCUUGCUACUGCUGCCAUCACCAUGGAAUCGCCU